AUGUCGACAGACAGCGACGCAGCAGACAAAGCGGCACGUAGAGCGGCACGCAAAGCAGCCAAGAAGCUCGCCAAGGACGCACUGCCGUCAGCUCCGGUGAAUGGCACUGCUGAGCCCGAGAAAAGCUCAAAGAAACGCAAGUUGGACGAUGAGGGAGCAAUUGCAAGCAUAGACGACAGUGAAAAGGCUGCAAAGGCCCAGCGCAAGCUAGAGAAGAAGCAACGCAAGGCUGCCAAAGCAGCUGCAGCUUCCGCAGCUUCUUCUGCUGCGUCUGCGAGCGAGCCCAGUGCGCCAAUUGCAUCAACGUCCACAGCAGAACAAGCGGCAUUCUUGACAGAACACUCGAUCAGCCAUGAGCCCGACUCUGCAGCUACAGAGUACCCUCCUGUACUCAGCUUUGACGCUCUGCCGCUCACCAGCAAUCUGCACGCCAGUCUGGCUACAUUUGAUUUCAAGUCGCCGACACCCAUCCAGUCUGCUUCCUGGGGCGUCCUCUUCAAGGCCAAGGAUUGUGUAGCCAUAGCAGAGACUGGGUCCGGCAAGACCAUGGCUUUUGGCUUACCUGGCCUGCACUAUAUCAUGUCUCAGGAAAGUACGAAGAAAGCAAAGUCAGUGGCCAUGCUCGUGGUCGCGCCGACGCGCGAGCUUGCCAUGCAAACCCACGUCACGCUCGAAGCGCUUGGCCGACCUAUUGGACUGGGCGCAGUGUGCAUCUACGGCGGUGUAUCCAAGGACGAACAGAAGCGACUCUUACGAGCUAAUCCGCGUAUCGUCGUCGGCACGCCCGGCCGUCUGCUCGAUCUCGCCCGCGAGGAAUGCUGCGAUCUCAGUCAUGUCAGUUGCCUCGUACUGGACGAAGCAGACAGAAUGCUUGACAAAGGCUUCGAGAACGAUAUCCGGACGAUCAUCGGCAUGUGCAAGACGAAAGAGCAGGGGAGACGGACGAGCAUGUUUUCUGCUACUUGGCCCACCUCGGUCAGACGUCUGGCCGCAGAUUUCAUGUCUGACCCCAUCCGUAUCACCGUUGGCUCGGAUGAGCUCACUGCCUCUACCUCGGUGGAGCAAACCGUCAAAGUCCUUGCAGACAGUCGCAUGAAGGACGACGAACUCCUCAGGACGCUAUCCAAGGCAGGCUUCAAGCCAGGCAAGGCUUCUAAAGCGCAAGGCAGCGGGGCCUCUCGCGAGAAAUGUCUCGUCUUUGCGCUGUACAAGAAAGAGGCAGUCCGAGUGGAAAACUACCUCUCGCGCAAUGGCUACGAAGUAUGCUGCAUCCAGGGUGAUCUCAGCCAGGACAAGCGAACGAAGGCGCUAGACGAUUUCAAGACGGGAAAAGCUGGCUUGAUGGUAGCUACCGAUGUCGCUGCUCGUGGUCUCGACAUACCCAAAGUCGAGCUCGUUAUCAAUUAUACAUUUCCCCUGACGAUAGAAGAUUAUAUUCACCGUAUAGGCCGAACAGGAAGAGCCGGUCGCAAGGGAAAGAGCAUCACCUUCUUCGUUGGCGACCACGACAAGGCGCACGCGGGCGAGUUGACACGUGUGCUCAAAGACGCCAAGCAAGAGGUGCCCGAGGCGCUGACGGCCUUUGGCGGCACGAUCAAGAAGAAAGAGCAUUCUGCUUACGGUGCUCAUUUCAGAGAUGACAUCAAGGGUACAGCGAAGAAGAUCAUCUUUGACUGA